AUGGCGUUGGUGGCCCACCCUAAUUCCAGCAUCAUGAGCCUUCAGGAGGUGCCCGUGGCUUACGAUAACAUCAAAGUGGUGGGCAAGCUCGGGGACGUUUGCGACCACCAAGGGUUCAUCGACCUGGACAUCGAGGUAGACUUCAUCAUCUUCAGUCUCAAGAAAGGGGAAAAAAUUAUAGGUGUAACUAAUAAAGUGGCUGCUGGUCAUAUUGGCUGCCUGAUACAUGGGUGCUUCAAUGCCUCUAUCCUCAAACCUGAACAAAUGUCCAUUGUACAGUGGCAAGAGCUGCGGUUAAAAAUAGGGAAUGAAGUGAAAUUUGAAGUAUUGCAUUUGGAUUCUGAUGCAGCUGGGGUGUUCUUUAUUCGAGGAGGACUCACUAAGAGCAGCAUGAGGCCAAAAAGAUCUGAGAACAUCACUGACAGUACAAAUGGAGAUGAAAUUCCAAAGCUUGACCACCAGGAAAAUAGCUGCAAUGACUCUGGGGGCGGUAAUGUCACAGAGCAGGCUCUAGGUGAGACAAAUAACACCGGGAGGGAACAUGGAGAAGAGCAGAAUGUUGAUGCUAUGAAUGAAGUAUGUGAUGAUAAAAACAAGAAGAAGAAAAAGAGAAAACAUAAGCAAGAAGAACAGGAACAUGUAUUGCCUACCAGUGAUUCCAAUGGUUACCAAAGUGACCAUAAAAAGUCAAAGAAAAAGAAAAGAAAACAUUGCAAUGAAGUUGAAGAAAGUGAAUUAUCUCAGAUGUCACAAGAGCCCAAAGCUAAAAAGAAAAGGGAGUAA